AUGGAGAUCGUCUAUACAGUCGAUGUCAAAAUGAAAAAUGAUGGUGAAGAUUUUAAACAUAUAUUAAAAAUGGAUGUAUCAUGUUUAAAUAUUCUUUCUUUUUCAAGUUCCUAUUUAUUUCCAAUAAAUCAAAAAUAUUCUCAAGAAACAAGUUCAUCAUCUCAACAGCAUCGAACAACAAAAUCAUCGUUUUGUGUUUAUAUUUGUCCACUUGAACAACCAUGGAAUUUUACUCUAAUUACAACCUCAAGUUUGCCCGUUGUUCAACUUGUCUGGAAUCUUGAUGGCACACAUUUACUGAUCUGUAAUGAAGCAGGACUUUGCCAAAUAUUUAAAAUGAAGAACGAUGGUAUCAAUAAUAUGGAACAUGUUUAUGAAUACAAAAUACACGAAGAUAUUCUUUGUGCCAAAUACAUUUUCCCAAGACAUGCAAUAGUAGUUGACCUUUAUAGCAACGAGUCAUUUUAUGAACAAGGAUAUCAAUCAUCGCCAUUAUUAAAUUAUGCUCUCAAUUCAGGCAAUUUCAUAUGCGUUACCACAUCUGGAAUAAUUCACAUAUUACCAAUUGAUCGCUCAUUAUCUCCAAUCAAUUAUUAUCUUUCACAAAAUGAUCCACUAAGUGCUACGCUAUGCGAUAUAUUUCCUACCGAGAAAGGCUUUAAUAUCUCGCUUAGUGAGCAUAUCGAAGGUGCUCUUGUUCAUUGUUUCGUAGUGGAUUAUGCUGCGUUAGAACCGAAAGUAUCUCUCAAUUCUUAUCGUACUCGUGGCUUUCGUAUCCCGUCGUGCUAUGGAAAACUUGAAUCAUUAUUUUAUUUUCAACGAAAUGGAAACGCUUGUAUACUAACACAUUUGACGUCAUCUACUAGUGAUUUAAUCGAGCUUUAUGAAUACAAUCUUGAACAUGAAGAAUGGAUAUCAAUAACCGUUUUAAAUUCAUCUGAAAAACGUAUUACAUCGAUAUCAUUGCCACUAAAUUCGCUAUUUGUUCAAGAUGACGCCUAUCAAGGAUUGUUCGGAAGACAAAUUCUAUUUGCAUUCAACGAUGGUUCAAUAGCGAGCUUUGAUAAAUUAAAUCUUACAAAUCGAGAACAAUGUUUCUCGACGCAUAACAAUGAUUUCGAUAUUAAUCAGUCAGACUUUCUAAUUCGAAUGCAACAUACAAAUUCUGGUUCAUGCUGUGUUGGUUUUACACAUAAUGGCAAUAUUGCUCUUCUUCGUACCAUAAGUCUCAAUGAUGUUGCAUCAUUGUCAUCGUCUAUGGUUCGUCUUCUUGUUUAUUUAUUUGAACAGUACAUUUUUCAAAUACUUUAUCCAUUUGAUAUAUGGGAUAUUCUAUGUCUUAUUUCAAAUAAUUCAAUAAUCAAUCAAAUUGUAGAACGAUUAGUAGCAGAUUUCGAAGUACAACCACUUGAAUUUAAACGCCUUCAUUUCGUUCGUUUUAAAGAAUGUCUCUAUCAUUUACAUCGUCUUGCGUGUCCAUUUAUGUUAGAUAGUAGCGAGCAUCUAACGAGUUUACUUAUCUAUCAUGCUUUAUUGAUAACACGAGAUUAUCUUCGAUUAUUUAGCUAUGAGCCAGCAAACCGAAAUUUUGUUGAUGCUGCACAAGAAAUUUUACAACAAUCAUCAUUCGUGCAACAUAUUGAUGUAAAACGAAUAAAAUAUUCAGGCGAUCACCUAAUAAUCACAGACACAAAUACAAUAGAUCCAACUCACUAUCAAUUAAUAUCAUUUACACUGUUAAUUAAUUGGAUAUGUGAUAUUGUAUUUUAUUUUAUCGGCUAUUUACAAACGCAACGCGUAUCACCGUGGUCGUCAUGUCAAAAUCUAUUUACGGACUCAAGACAAUUGCAAUGGUUAAGAGAAUUUAUGAUCUAUAUUUAUAUUCUCAAUAGAACGAAUAAAAUUCCCUGUAGUAAAAUUGCUGAUUUAGCGUUAUUUCACCAACAACAACCAACUCAAUCGAACGAACAAAAAGAUAUUUUAAAAGACAUUUAUCAUAGUUUAACAAAAUUUAGCCAGAGAAUUGAAGUUCAAAAAGUCAAUAUCUUCGAUGAGAAUUUUCUCGAAGAUUGGUCAGCUUUCAGUGUUGAACUUUUACAAUCAACAACGGAGAAUAUUUUUCCGCAAUCGUACCCAUUUCUUAUUCCAAAUUCAUUAGUACCUCAAAAAUUUAUCCGUGAUCGAUUACCAUCAUUUGCUACUCAUCUUUACGGCAAUUCACCUCAAACUAACAAUGUUGCAGAUACUCAAUUUGAUAUAAUUACACUUGGUAAAAUGUCCUUAUCGUCAAAUCCAACACAUCGGCGAUGUUUAAGAUGCUCUAAUUUUUCAAGAAUAUUGACUAGCAAACCUUAUCCAUUACUUUUCUAUCGUUUGAACAAUCGAUGUUUAUGCGGUGGUCUAUUUUAUAUUUAUAGUGAAUCGAAUACAAGUGAAAGAAUUAAAUAG